AUGUCAGCCAAAAUUCGCAAUAAAACGCUGCGGGCGAUCCCCCCGGCCGAAGACAUGGCCGCCGCGUUCGCAGCGCGCAGCGCAGUCCACGAGAACGGCGCGCACUUUCCUGCAGCAGCAUUGCAGCUUCCUGAAGCCGGGGACAUCCUUCCACAGCUGCCGGAUGACGCGAACGCGAUCGACCGGGCAAUUUUCGAGCGGCUGCAGCUGGUGUGGAAGGAGGAGGCCUCGGGGUGGACGGAAGAGAUGCGGCAAUCGCUUAGGAGCAGCAUGUUCCGGGCGCGGGUGACGCGGACGACGGUCAAGCCGUCGAGCCACUGCACGAUACGCAGACUGCGCAGGGGCAAAGAGGUGCCGACCUGGGGCGAGUUCGUGGUGCUGCGCACCAUGUUCGGCGCGGGAGUGUGCUUCGGCGAGCCGUGGGCCGAGGCGCUCGCCGAGCGCCACCCUCUGGCGCGCGAGGACGCAUAUGGAGGCGUCGUACCGGCUCAGCCCAGGGUCGCGACGGACGUCCUCGACGGCAAGGUCGGCUUGCGGCCGGCGAGCCUGCGCAGGAUCAGCGUCCGGACCCUCGGGCCGGAGAAAUCGCGCGUGUACAAGCGCCGGGUAGGCAGCGGCCCCAUGGCCACCACCGUCACGAGGAAGAUGAAGAAGGACGAGGCGAAGCAGGAUGAUACAGGGAGCGAGGAUGACGGGGGUGGGAAGGGAAGGGGAUUGUGGCAGGGACAGCAGCAGCAGCAACAGAAAAAGGAGAAGAAAAAGAGGGCUGAUGAGAAGCCGCGCGGUAACGGGAUGCCGGCGGCCAGUGGCAUUGCGGGCGACGAGGCGGCCGUGAGCGCGGGCCGCAUUGGCCUGAACGCUGUCAUCGCCACGCUGCGCCAGUGUUCUCACGACCAGGAGGAGCAGAUCAAUCGCCUGCGCGCGAGCAACGAAUUGAUUCGCAAGUCGCUGCUUGACUUGAACGCCAUGGCUGAGCAAGUCCGGGACGACUGA